UUCGCCUCUUCACGUGGGCGCCCCGUCGUCAUGGCGGCUGUCCGGAAGCCGGUGCUCCUCGGGCUUCGAGAUGCUGCAGUGCCCGGCCGCCCCACGGGGCCAGGCGCCUGGACCGCAAGCAAGCUGGGCGGCGUUCCGGACGCCCUACCCGCCGUGGCAGCGCCGAGGCCGGUGUGUGAACUUUGCAAGCAGCCACUUGCCCUGGUCGUGCAGGUGUACUGCCCGCUGGAAGGCUCCCCGUUUCAUCGGCUCCUGCACGUGUUCGCCUGCCCCCGCCCGGGGUGCGGUAGCGGCAGAGCGCGCAGCUGGAAGGUGUUCCGUUCCCAGUGCCUGCAGGUGCGAGAGAAAGAGACGCAGGACGCUCAGAAACAGGAAAAUGGCCUCACAGCUGAGGAUUGGUGUGAAGGCGCGGAUGACUGGGGAAGUGACAGUGAGGAGCCUCCACCACAGCUUGCCUCCGAUUUUGGAAAUGAUUCCAAGAGUGCCAAAGACAGAGACUGGACUGCCCGGCUCCAGGACCUGCACCUGCAGGAUACUGUCGCAGGUGCUGCUGCUCCUGUGCCUGCUGGGGAAGGAGGGAUGGCCUUGCCUUCUGUGGUGCCUCAGUUCCUGCCCUACUACCUCUGUGUUGUCGAUGAGGAUGACUGCACGGACUUUGUCAGUCUCGAUCAUGCUCAGAGCCUUCUGAGGGAGUAUCAACAGAGAGAGGGACUUGAUAUGGAACAGCUGCUUUCCCAAAGUCUUUCUAGUGAUGGUGAUGAAAAAUAUGAGAAGACCAUAAUUAAAAGUGGAGACAAGAUGUUUUACAAAUUCAUGAAGAGAAUUGCUGCUUGUCAGGAGCAAAUUUUGAGAUAUUCCUGGAGUGGAGAACCACUUUUUUUGACCUGCCCUACAUCGGAAGUCACUGAGCUCCCAGCCUGCAGUCACUGUGGAGUCCGAAGGAUAUUUGAGUUUCAGCUUAUGCCAGCACUGGUCAGCAUGCUCGAAAGUGCCAAUUUAGGUCUUUCUGUGGAGUUUGGAACCAUUCUAAUUUACACAUGUGAGAAGAGUUGCUGGCCUCAAAAUCAUCAGACUCCCAUAGAAGAAUUUUGUAUUAUCCAAGAGGACCCAGAUGAAUUAUUAUUUAAAUAGUGCCUUUCCUUUUAUUUAUAUAAAUUAAAGCAAAUUUUAAUGUUUAAGUUGUGUUUUUACCUC